AGUAUGGAUGAACGUGACAAACAUAGAUAUGUGACGCGUUUUUAUCCACAUGAAAAACUUACCAGAUCCUAUAUUUUGUCUUUAAGUCUCUGUUAUCAAGCGCGAUUUUACGAUCAAAACUUGAGAACAGAAUAUUGCGAAGCAAUUUGCAAAGCUUACAAUAAAUUUAAAGGCAUUCGUAGAGCUAUGACACAGGACUAUUACAGAGCUAUUAUUCGUGACGAGCAGGAAGAUUUUAUGGUUAGGAUGAGUAAACCACCGCAAGUUGCAGAAAACGAAGCUUUGUUAGAAAAUGUACUGGUGAUGAUCGUUUGUAUAUUGACCAAAAUCCCUGUCUUUGUUAUUGGCGCGCCAGGCGCAUCAAAAUCACUUGCCAUUCGUUUGGUUUCACAAAACCUCCGUGGUGGAGACUCUGAUGAUCCUUAUUUUAGAACACUGCCGCAGGUAUAUGUUAUUCCUUACCAGGGUUCAUCAUCUUCAACUUCGGAUGGUGUAGUGAAGGUGUUUAAGAAAGCGGAAGAAUAUCAAAAAACCAAUUCAAAAGAUUUUCCAUUGAUUACCGUUGUCUUACUUGAUGAAGUUGGACUGGCUGAGACUUCUCCACACAAUCCGCUAAAAGUUCUGCAUUCAUUACUCGAACCAAGCUAUCCACAGGAAUUUCCUAAUGUUUCCGUUAUUGGCAUAAGUAACUGGAGACUUGAUAAUUCAAAAUCAAGUAGGGCUCUGUUGAUACAAAGGCCAAAAUUUGAGGGAAAAGACCUUAUGGAUACAGCCCAUCGAUUACUAACAAAAAACAAGGGCUUCCGAAUCUUUGGCAACAGUAAGAUUUUACAUGCAUUAUCCGAGUCCUAUUUGGAAUACGAAAAGAAACAGCCAAUAAAGAACUUUCAUGGUCUUCGUGAUUAUUAUUCCCUUGUUAAAAGUCUUAGUUCCAGCGAUGACAAUCCGGAAUCCACACAAAUGGUGUUGGCAAGAAAUUUUGGUGGGACAAACAAUGUGGAUCAAUUAUGCGAAAAGCAUUUCAGCUCAGUCAUAAAAGCUUUUUACGGAAAGAUCAUGAAAUUUAAAAAAUUUUCGGCGGAAGAACUCAUCAAAGCGAAUUUAGAAGACAAUGGGGCAAGGCAUCUUAUGAUUAUUGGAAAAAGUGAUUCCAUUGUCAAUCUGUUAACAUACAAACUCCAACAUUGGAGCAAUGAGCUAUCCAGAAAGCGUGAUUUUUUGGGUGCUUCUAAAAUCACCAGAUCUUCUGCUUGGGAUAUGGAACCUGUCGUCAUUUAUGGCAGUCAAUUUCCUAAUGAUUUCGACGAUGAUUACCAAUACAGUGUUUUAAGUAGAAUCAUGAUGUGCGUUGAAGCCGGUAGACCUCUAAUUUUGACUGAUCUCGAAAUUAUCUAUGGGAGUCUUUAUGAUCUGUGGAAUCAAAAUUACAUUACCGUGGGCAGAGACGAUAAUCAAAAAUUUUAUACGCGAGUUGCAUUAGGAGCCUAUUCGAAUCCGAUGGUUUGUGUGCACGAGAAUUUUAGGUGUAUCCUGGUACUUGAUGAGAAGAAAGUAGAUUUCGCCGAUCCACCGCUCCUUAAUCGAUUUGAAAAGCAAAAAAUGUCAAUAAAUGAUACCUUAGAUGAUAGGAUGAGUGGACUUGUCAGAGAGUUAUCGACUUGGUGCAAACAAAUAUCAAAUUUUGUUAAACAAGGCAAUUUCGCAAAAUCCGAAUUCAAAGAACGUGAUACAUUUGUUGGGUUCGAUCCCGAAGAAACGUUGCAGAGCUUGGUUAUUCACAAUUGUACAACAACCGAAUUGACAGAUGAGGAAAUAUUCGUUAGGUGCAAAGAAAUGCUUAUAAACAUUGCAUCAGCAGAUGGUAUCAUCAGAUCAAGGAAUUCUGGAUUAUCUGUCGAUAUCGAGGAAAUUGAACGUUGGAAAAAUGUUUACUUCCAUGAACAACAUCAUGACAAUAUAGCCACAUAUAUUCGAUCGUUGUUAGAUGAAAAUUUGAUGAAAGAUCAAGGAUUUAAAACGGUCAUCAAUACCUUUUCGAACAUAAAUACCGACAUUGCAUCGUGCUUAAGUGAAAUCCUAACGUGCCAGAUCGAUAAAAUCUCGACUUUUAAAUCCGAAGCUCAGCUUACUGCUAGGAUCAAGCACUUUUGGUUUGAAUCGAAUGCGGAUAUGUUGAUAUUGCAAUGUGAUUUGACAGCAGUGAGUGCUGGAUGCAUCAAGCUUGCAAAAUUCAUCAUCGAGCAACUGCAAAAAGAAUUCAUGAUUUCUGACGAGAGUCCAAUCGUGAAGCAUGUUUGCAUCAUUCUUCAUAUGAUGCGAGAGAACGAGGCUACAACAACGUCUUUUAAUUUUAUGUGCGGAUGGAAGCUUGUGACCAUAGAAAACCUAACCUCUCAAGGGCAAACAUUGACCGCCUAUCUUGAUAACAGCUUAAAUGAGAUUCUUGAGCAUGUGUAUCCGUUUAAAGAAAUCAUCUCUCAAGAAUUACUAUGGUGUCUACUCUGCAUGAAAUUCCCCUCGACUCCCGAAUCCGUUGACUAUAUAAAGUUGCUUGUCCAGGAAAUUCCAAAACAUGAGGAAUUUCUUGAUUGCCUAAGGGUUAGAACCCUCGAGUGGAUCGGUGAAAAUGUUCCAGAAGAUUGGCUUUUGCAGGUUGCCUCAAACAAAAAGGACCUGUAUUUGUAUUCUUCAUUCUCCUUAUCGUUGCAAACAUAUAUUCGUAAUCAAGUUCGAAAACCAAUUUCAAAGUUGCUUUGUGUCCUGGAACGAAUGUCUGGGCUUUGUCCGUUAUUCAUUAAAGAUGACCUGAAGCAUUUCGAUGAUUUGUACGAUUACGACCCACCUUCGGAUGAACUAUUUGAAUUCUGGAAACAAGUAUUCAUGGAUUCCAAAAUUGUCAACAUAGAAUAUUUGCUGGAUCCAAAGCCAGAUUUGUAUCAGAUACCCGCAAGAAAUCAUAACACUCGAUUUCCAUUUUCAACGUACUACAUGGAUCAGAUAAAUAAAUUCAGGAAGUUAUAUCAGGAAGAUCUGUCGGUUUUGGAAGAAGACGAAAAUAAUUAUGACGAAAUGGGUGAGCUAAGGAUCGAUGUCAUUGAGAAUUGCAUUGAAAGGUUUACCGAGAACGUCUGUUCCGUGAUUCCUUUGUUGAAAUCACCAAAGCUCUUUGAGGAGCCUGAAAUUUAUUUCAAAGACUUUGUCACAGUUGCUUUACCCAAAUUUGGAAAAUAUAAUAAGGAUGGAGAACUAUUGAGAUGGAUUAUCUUAUAUCAUCUAGGUCAGCAAAUUCCCAACCCGGUCAGACUCCACGUCUUUUGGUGGGACAAAUCCGAAUCUGUGCUUGCCGAACUUCAAAUGAUGGAAAUGUGUCCGGAGGUCAUAAAAACAAUAACUUCCAUGAAAAAUGAAGAAAUCAGGAAUCUUGACUUCGAAGAAUAUCUGUUGGAGGAAGUGGUUAAUGUGUUCAUGAAUAGGAUUUAUUCAAUUAAUGAUAAGUCCGGGUCUGAGAAGAUGCUUCACACUUGGCAAAGGGAUGUCACCAGUCUUUUAUCUCUGGCAACAAGACUGUUGAUUGAUGUUAAUGGAAAUCAAUCUUUGCAAAGAUUACGGAUUUAUAAUGACCUGUCAAAAUCCCUCAAGCUACAAGAUUUGCUUGAAAUCAGAAAGAUAGAAGUUGAAGAGGAAAGUGAAGAGAUGCUAUCUAAACAGUUCAUUGACAACGUUUUUAAGAAAUUAGCCAGUUAUGAUAAAAAUGAACUCAGCCUAUCUUCACAAAGAUCAUUUAUAAAUAGAUGCCUCAACACACUUUCCAUGGAAUCACCUAUUCGUCUGCUCCUUUACACAAAGAUAUUUUCUACGGAUCCUUUGCCCCUGUCAUUUUCCAUCGUCCAUCGCAUAUUCAAUACCGAAUAUCAGGAAGAUGAGGACAUAUUUUUCAAACUGAUAGAAGACCCUCGUGAGGUCUUAAGAACUUCGGAACGCCUGCGAUUAAUUAAUGAUAUAUUGGAGAAAGACAUCGAUUCACCUAUUGCCGCCCUAUGCACGGACGUCCUUCAGACCCAGUUCUUUGACGAUUUUGGUAUAGGAAAAUUGUCACAGUAUUUCACGAGAGCAACCGAGAUCUUGUUUACAACCGAGGUUAAAUAUUUGCAGAUGAUAUCAGCCAUUUCUCUCCUAAAGUCAUUCGGGAAAGUUUUUUGGAAAUGCGCGAGGUCUCUCAAACACUCCUUGAAUCGUCAAAUUGAAUUCAUAUUUGAAGACGACGAGUUCAUGAUCGAUACUGACCUCGAUGUCAUUAACAGGAGAAUGGAUAUGCCUCAUCCUUUGAUCCAUUCAUUCCUGCUCUAUCUACUCAAGAUUUUAAGAAACUCCCAAGGGUUCUCCAUGGAUGACCUUAAACGAUUUUGUAAUACAAAUAAAACAAUUCUCCCUUGGCUUGGUGGAUUGGCAUGGACGGAAAAAGAUAGAGGACGAAUUGAUUUUAUUCCUUAUUGGUACAUCGAACAAUAUAACCAAGCAGAACACGCAGUUGAUAAGAUUAUUUCACGUGGCGAUGAAACUUUCAUGAAGAAUCUGUUAGAAUCUAUAAAUAAUCCGAAAGAGAAGAAUGUGAUCAAUCUCAGGAUUUCAUUUUCCGGAGCAAUCAUGGCGAAACUUUAUCUCGUGAGGGCAUCACGAGAUUUGAAUCAAGCAGAGACAAUAUUGGCACAAAAGAUAUUUGAAUUCUUGGGAAAGAUAACGCUCCCAAAGUUUUACAAAGAAACCUUGGCUAAAUUCAUAAAGAAUGAUCAUCCACUAUUCAAACUUUCAGUAGAUAGCGACAAUUCGAAAUUAUUUACAUGCUCGGUUAUUGCGCAUGUGAUAGCUUUAUGCUUAUCUUUGCCACCAAAUUCGUCUCCAUUGGCAGAUUACUUGCAAAAUCUGAAAGAUUGUCAAAACUCUUUUAUUCUUACCUGUCCAUCGGACGAACAAACCGUUAUCUUGAAUGCAUUGGUAGAUGAUAAUGUUCAGGAUAAGCGCACUACAAGAUAUGCCUGCACAUGUGGGUAUACGUACGUGGUUGGCGAUUGUGGUAACGUCAUCGCUCAGGCAGUAGGUACAUGUCCACAAUGUAAGAAACAGAUCGGCGGACAAGGCUACAACGUUCCUGUUGUCGGUAACAGCCGGUUGGAUCAAAUACCAUUGACGCAGAAAGUCGAAGUUAAAGUUCAAGCGGGAUAUCUGAUCGAAACAAGAAAAACCGAAGACAAUUAUAGUGUUCGUGAUAUGUCACCGGCAUCCUACAGAAUUCUUCACUUAUUUGUUCAUGCGAUUAUUGGCAUUUUGGCACCAUCACAAAUUGUCACCAAAUUUAUCAACAAUCAAAAAAAUACAGUUGCAAAUAAUAUCGACGUCAUUGCCUAUUGUCAGAGGCACAUCAGCAAUGACUGGACGGCUCUGAAAAAUAUCCUUGCGUGCGGAGAUGAACAAUUGGCUUUGACAUGUCAUUCUAUACUUUCACGCAUGACGCAAACCCCACUUCAGGGAGUUGCAACAAAGCUUCGAACUUUCGCUGAACGAGAAGCAUGGGAGAAAAAGUUUAGCACACAGUACGUAUCACCUCUUGUCAAAAAUGCCAUUGGAUCUGCGGCCGAAUUUCGUAAGUUUCUGGAAACCAAGUCAGCAAGUGCUCAAAUCAAAAUUGAAUCAGAAAUUAAUGAAAUAAUGAAAGUCGACGAAGGUUAUCGCAGAGAGAAUUUACCCCGCAUAUGGCGUCAAAUUGGGGUGCCCAACAUGGAAAACUUCCGCGCAUACUACUUGAAUAAUGCUGAACACGUUAGAUCAUUCCCGUUCCUGGAAAUUUUUUUGAAACAUGAAAAGAAUUUGAGCUUGAUUCAGCAUAUUUUGCCAAUUGUGAAAUUCGUUCAACUUUUAUCAUCUAGUCUCUCCUAUCGAUUGGAAAGGCAGGCAGCACGUCAACUGACUUUCAAAGAAUUCAUAGCCAAAGAAUGUGACGAUGACAACUCUGGUGAAUCCAGACGCUUAAUGGAAAACGCAUUUACAGCAUUCUCUCAAGCAUGGAACACGUCAAUUCCUUAUGUCAAAAGAUAUAAAUGUCAAACUUUGCGCAAAUCACCUCCAACAAUGACAGAAAAUCUUUCCGUUGUUUACGGAUUGAUUGAGCCGGUCGACGAAUCAAUAUAUCUUUGUGCCAUCUUAGACUUUCUGGUUCAAAUACAGAACGAAUUCCUAAAGGAUGUUAUUGGAAUUCCUUCCGGCAAAUGUCAAUCACUCAAGUUUUUGGAAUAUUAUUUGGAUGAAAAAGCCAAAUAUCACCUGCAGUCGAUAAGAUUAGAGAAUGCAAAAGCUGCGCAUAUUAUCUCAUACAAAGGCAUAACCGAGAUUUUUAAAUACAGUCAAUUCGAUCUAAGAAUAUGUCAUGGGCAAGAGAUAGCAUAUGAUUUAUGCAAGAUUGAACUAGAACUUGCUCAUUUAUUGGUGUUUGAGAAGGCGCUCAUUGAAUCCAAUGAACAAGAUCUGUACAUGGAACGAUUCCCAUAUCAUAAAGAAUUAUUCCAGGGUUCUAUGACCAUAUUGAGUGAAAUCAAGGAGUUGGUCGCUCAGGAAAGUAUUCCCGAAGAAAAGAAAUUAUUAUUCAUCGGAGCCUCCAAAAACUCAUAUGGUACAAUAUAUCAAGAAAACUUUGAGAUGUCACUGGGAAUGGAAAAUCCGAAGGAAUUGCUAUCUGCAUUGGAAAUGAUUAUUUGUUUCUUGAAACGAACAUCUGGCGGAGAUCGGGAAAUACUGAUAACUGAUUACAUGGAAAAGUGGAUGAAGCUCACGAUUUUGAGAGAUGACAAUGCAAGCUACAAAUUAUUAACAAGAUCUGGUUUGCAACUGAAACACAUAGUGGCGCUUUAUGAGUUAGUUGAAGAACAUGUAGCGGAUGUAAUCGCAACCUGCAUUCAUCCAAAAUAUCAAGCAAAGAUAAAUGAAUUGAUUGAACAAGAAAUUAUGGAUUCCAUCAACCUUAAUGAUCAGCAGGAAACCAGAGAUAAUAAUAGGAAUAGUAAUAGUAAUGCGAAAAUUCCGGCCGAAGCAUUUGCAACAGCAUUGAAGAGAUUCAUUUUGAGACAUUUAUCGAUAGGAGAUAGUAUUGUUGAAACAACACCUCUUUCGACUUACCUUGUGCAAGACGAAGCACUCGAGUGUUGGCCUGAUUCG